UAUUUAUAUUUAAACUGGCUCCAUAGUGAUAGUUUAAAUUAAAACACUGCUUGUUCGCCGAUAAACAUCGUCUCGAUUAUCAGCACUCUACAACUUCUGACACAACUGAACUCUACAACUUCUGACACAACUGAACUCUACAACUUCUGACACAACUGAACUCUACAUCUUCCGAAGACACGAUGGCUGUAAGAGGAUUUCUACCGGACCUGAAGAGCUGGACUGUAGGUGAGAUCGCUCGUGCUGCGGGUCUCGUCGCUUUCUCUGCCGGUGCGGGUUACUGCAUUUACCGCAGCCUACGGAGAGAAAGAGCUCCUCCGGACCGCACUCAGCCUUCUCACGAGCCUGUGGACGUGCUGAGGGAAUCAUUGGAUACUCCCUCUCUCCUCCAGGUCGUUGAGCCAAUUCUGCAACUGCCGCCCACCGAACCUCAAGACGAACCUUCAGCCGUCAUUCUGCCGCUCGAUGCUGGUGAACCGAACAGCGCUUGCUGCGAUGUUCAGUUCGUGUCUGCAGAUUCCUCAUCCUCCCAGUCUGAGCCAGUGGACAUCAGGAGAGUCAUCCCCGGAAUGAUAAGGGGUCCAGAGAGUCGGCUCUGCGGGCUCGAAACCGUAGAGACGCACCACUCGAUUCACAAAGUUGUUGAGCCACAUCUUCAUUUGCUGCCCAACGAACAACAAGAAGACCCAUCAGCUGUUCUUCUGCCACUCGAUGCUGGUGAGCUGAUCAGCGCUUGCCGAAACAUUCAGUUCCUCUCUGCAGACACCUCCAUCUCCCAGUCUGAGUCAGUGAACAUCAGGACAUACCUCUUGUGGAUGAUAAGGGGCCCAGAGUGUCGUCUUUGCUGGUUUACAACCACAAAGACACAAUCCAUCAAUCACAUGGGAUUCCCUUAUCAUACCACCACAGAGGAUUGUUUCACUGGCAUACAGGUUGAAUCUGGGAGGGUUACAGAAUUUAUUUCCUGUAACCGAGUGGAGACCGACAUCAUCGUGCCAGGUUUUUAUUAUGUGCAAACCAUUAAACAGGUGACCUGCACUUACCUGUUUGUGGGUAAAGAUGGGCAAAUGGACACCUCCACUUGGGAGAAGGAAGAGGUUCCCGUUCCAUAUGCGGAGAGUGACGAGAGCUUUAACCCAGAGGAGAUGGAGGUGCCCUUUAUUUGCUGCCAUCUUUCAGACAGAGGGGUUACUGAUGUCGGCCUGAAGCUGCCCGCUCUCCGUGAGGCGUUCGCUACCCUGCUUGCCAGCAUCCACAACCAGAACUUCCUGUUCCUGGUGGGAAAGAAGAUCGUCAUGCGUCUGGCAGCGGCUAACAUCCAGGACGUGGUUGGGGUGAAGUUGGCCUACGAGGCCUUGAUUCGAUUCCUGAGGACGCCUUCUCAUCAGGAUUCGAUUGAGGCAGAGAUCUCCUCCUGUGUCCCCCACUACAACUUCCUGGAUGUUUUUUUUGAGCUGAUUCUGUUCCGCCAUUUCAGAAGUGGCUCAACACUUGAGACAUUUAAUGGAGGAUUCUUGGAGCGCCUGCUCGAGCUCAUCAGCAUGUGGGAUGUGGACGUGUGGGAGCCUGCAGCAGAGCUGUACUUCACAGUGCUUAUCGAUCACCUAACACAGCUUGCUGAAGUACUGUUCUCUCAGCCUCUGGAGCUGUACAGUGACCCAGCAGCCUUAGCCACCACGGUUCAGCAUCUUCUCAAGAAGCACGUCCAGCAGAUGAUGGACACUUUGGAGAAGCUCUGAGCAAUGUCUUUUGUUUAUCGCUUUAUAUUUUCUUCUUCUGAUUCGUUUUAUGUUCGUUCUUUUCCCUCACUUCUUUCCCUACAUUGCUCAAGCUCUCCACAGGUAAGUAUGAAUUCAUUUUAUUUCUAUUUUUGAUUAAGAUUUUAAAAAUCACUUUUCUUUCCUAUAGGUUUGUACAGUCAACCCCAGGACUGAAGACGGGCUUAACCCUAGGAUCCCUCAUCCCUUAAUAAUUAUCCCAUAUUAAUCUAUCCCUCUAUUCCUGUCCCACUCCCCUAUUCCUAUAGAUACUAAAUAGAUUUAGUUGAUAGUGGAGCUGCCCCUGCUGACACCCCAACUGCCUGACACCCCAACUGCGUGAAAUCCCAGCUGCCUGACACCCCAACUGCGUGAAACCCCAGCUGGCUGA